AUGCCGCCAAGCAUCUGUAGAGAUCCUGGCCAAAUGGAAGCCAUGGAAAGGCCUCCUAUGAAUCAGGAAGAAUUUGACAGGCGGUUCGAAUAUGAAUUACCAUCAGAACACAUUAGUCCAUGUAUGAGAGUAGCCUACAUCACACGAAAAUUCUGGAGACCAUUUACUUCACCAAGAAACUUUGCCAAUACAUUAAUUUCUUUUUUACCCAUUCUCCAGUGGCUACCUAGGUAUGACUAUAAAAAUAAUCUCGUUCAUGAUGCGAUGGGUGGGCUGACAGUAGGUAUCAUGCAUGUGCCCCAAGGUAUUGCCUAUGCUUUACUUGCCGGUGUGGAUCCAGUGGUUGGUCUCUAUACCUCAUUCUUUCCCGUACUUUCAUAUAUGAUAUUUGGCACUUCACAGCACUGUUCCACAGGAACAUUCGCUGUCGUAGCUCUAAUGUGCGGGAAAGCUGUAAAUCGGCUUGCUGUCAAACCUCUAGAUGAUGACGAUUUAUUAUUAGCUAAUGCGACAGCAAUCGUCGAUGGUCCUACACCGCUCCAGGUGGCUUCAGCGCUUACUGUACUAAUGGGAUUGAUACAGGCAGCAAUUGCUGUACUUGGGCUAGACUUCGUCACCACUUACUUUUCCGACGAGUUAGUCGGCGGAUUCACUACUGGUGCUUCGAUGCAUGUAUUUAUCACACAAUUGAAGGAUAUAGCAGGAAUUACUGGUUUGCCACGACGAAAUGGUGCGGCAAAUGCUCUACUUAAAGUCUAUGAUCUUGUCAAAGCUUUGCCUCGAACAAAUGUCGUCACACUGGCGGUAUCAGCCGUAACUAUGUUUGUGCUCAUUCUUGGGAAGGAUCUCAUAAAUCCAAUAGUGCAGAAACGACUCCAUUGUCCUGUGCCAGUUCCUUUUGAAUUGCUUGCGGUUAUUGGAGGUACACUUGUCUGCCAAUUUGCACAGCUCAAGAAAAAUUUCAACGUUAGCACGGUCGGAAAGAUUCCAACAGGUCUUCCGGCUCCAAUUGUUCCCCGAGUGGAGCUCUUCUCUUCGCUUAUAUUAGAUGCUAUGUCCAUUACGAUUGUCGUAAUGGCCAUCCAUGUUUCACUGGCAAAAAUCCUUGCGAAAAAAUAUCACUACGAAGUGAACACUAAUCAGGAAUUCUACGCUAUGGGUUUCACAUCAGUGAUUAGUGGAUUUUUCCCUGUAUUUCCGCAUUCAAGUAGUAUUUCACGGACUAUGGUCAGCGCUGGAGCGGGAUCAAGAACUCAGCUUGGUGCUAUCUUCUCAAGCAUAUUUAUCUUCAUUGUUGUACAAUUUAGUGGUUCGUGGUUGCAACCGUUACCAAUGUGUGUGCUAGCAUCAAUCAUCGUAGUGGCUCUUUUGGGAAUGUUCGAAAAAUUUCAAACAUUAUCUGUACUAUGGAAGCUAUCGAAGAUUGAUUUCAGCAUAUGGGUCGUAGCUUUCGUUGCAACGUUGGGUAUAGACGUAAUGGAAGGUUUAGCUAUAGCCAUAUUUUUCGCACUUUUCACUACAGUAAUCCGAGAGCAGUGGCCAAGAUGGCAUAUUCUAGCCAAUAUCUCUGGAACGAAUGAUUUUCGCGAUAUGGAGCGAUAUAAGCACAUUUAUUUCUUCAAUAGUGUCUGCGUAUUGCGAUUUGACUCACCUCUCCUAUUUACAAAUGUGGAUCGUUUCCGCAAAAUAGUGGACAAACUAGCAAAUGACUGGAAUGGCAUGAGAUGCUGUGGCCAAAUCGACCCGAAAGCUAUUCUUGGAGAGAAUGAGAAAACCGAGACUGAAAAAGAAGAUACCCCGAAAAUGAAGCGAUUCCUCAUAAUCGACUGUUCUGGUUUUGCUUACGUAGACGUUAUGGGAGUAAAUAGUCUGAAAGAGAUUUAUGAAGAGAUGCGAUCGAGAAACAUCAAGGUUUUCUUUGCAGCUGCGAAAGCCCCGGUACGAGAACUUUUUGAAGCAAGCGGUCUCUACGCAGCAGUGGCUAAAACAAAUUUCUAUCCAACAAUUUACGAUGCCGUUUCAUUCGCACAGUUUGAGCAGGCAACACCUCCAUCGGACGACGUCAUAUUGGAUGAGGAAAACUCCUAUGAUAACGAUGCCGUGAAUACCGCAGACGAAUCCGUGCCCCCCUCAGCUCCCAAGGAUACUCGGACGUCAAAAUAAAAGCUGUCCUAAAAAUAAGUAUAGCAGAUGAUAGAAACCUUAUAAACUCAGGUUUCAGCUUGAUCUACACUUCACAUAACUGGUUGAGUUAUAUGCUUUAAUUCUUUUCUGUAACUGAACAGAAGAGGUUUGAUUUUCAUCGACUUACCGUAUUCCUCGCCAGUUUACAGAAUGCAAUCUCAAGUGUCUAUUAAAUUAUUUGUAAUGUCCGUGUGCAAAAUUUCUUUAGUGAGUUUUGCACUAAUUUUAACAACUCUCCAAAGCCCACUGUGAUACGAGUAUUCACUACGAUUACCCAUUCUAUCGUAAAGCUUUUCUCAUUGUUGUUGAUAUUUCGCGUAUU